UGAUCAGCUGGUAUUGAAAUUUAUAUUCCAGCCUCCAGCCGGUUUUCUGGUCCAUUUAUCAUUUCGGCUGUGAAAGUUCCCCUGCAACUCUUCUUGUUUACCUUGUCUGGAGUCCAGAGUUGACGCCCUACUCUUUCCUGUUCUUUGGUGAAAGGAAAGUAAAAGGAUCAUUUAAAAAUUCUCUUCCGAAUCAACUAGAUAUCCUUCAAUUUGACCUGGAUACCUUGCUGCACUAACUUUCAAUAUUCUAACCAAACUUUCUGCUUGCCAAAAUAAUUUGUAAAAGCCACAGGUGGUUAAUUUUUAUAUUUAAAAGCACUGAAAUAAGAUGUCUUCAUCGUUGGGACGUGUUCUGAUUUAUGGCGGAAAAGGAGCACUUGGUGCCGCUUGUGUGAAACACUUCAAAACUCAAAACUGGUGGGUAGGAUGCAUUGAUAUGAAAGAGAAUGAGCAAGCCGAUGCAAAUAUUGUCGUCCAAGUAGAGGAUGAUUGGCUUCAACAGGAAUCAAAGGUUCUGAGCCAGUUGCAAAGUGUGCUGACUGGAGAUAAGGUGGAUGCAGUCAUUUGCGUCGCUGGAGGCUGGGCUGGUGGCAAUGCUGCCUCCAAAGAAUUUGUGAAGAAUUCGGAUAUGAUGUGGAAACAGAGCGUGUGGAGUUCAGUGAUAGCUGCUUCGAUUGCUUCGAAUUACCUGAAGGAAGGGGGCCUCGUGUCGCUGCCUGGUGCCAAACCCGCUCUUGGACCAACCCCCGGUAUGAUUGGUUACGGCAUGGCAAAAGCGGCCGUACACCAGCUGACUAAGUCGCUGGCGGGGGAGAACAGUGGUCUGCCGGCCAACUCACUGUCAGUGGCCAUCCUGCCCGUCACACUCGACACGCCCAUGAACCGCAAGUGGAUGCCUGACGCCGACAAGUCCACCUGGACUCCACUCGAGUUUGUUGCCGAUUUAUUCUACCGCUGGAGCAAAGGAGAGGAUAGGCCACCCAAUGGAAGUUUGGUGCAUCUGGUCACUAAGAAUAACGUAACUGAUCUGGUUUUUGUAUAAGUUCGUGCAAAACUAAGUAAAAGGCAACACCAUCACAUGCUAAGCCUAGAAAUUAAUAUUUCGACUUAGCAAAUUUCCCUCCUAUUGUUAAAACAUUCCUAUAGGUAUCGUGUCAAGUAUUGAAAUUGAAACAAUAAACGUACUUAGAGUAUUAGUGCAAUGUAACGUAUAACACCAUUUUUUUGUUGAUGUUGAAUAUAAGUUAUUUUUGCUAUUGGUGUCUACGCUUGUUUUUAAAGGAAUAAAUAUAACAAUGUUGAGAUGA